UUAUUAGUAAAUUAUUAGUAAUCUCAAGAUGGGCUUCAGUAAACCAGCCCCCAAUCCAUAGGUUCAUUGCUUAUUGUGAAGUGUUCACAUUUCCUAUUAUGCUAUGGGAGAUACUAGCUGGUCAUAUGUUCAUUCUUGCUCCUUUGUUUUAUUAUAAUUUUCUAAAAAUGAGAUACACCUCAAGGAGAAAUGGCAGUGUUAAGAUGGUAUUUAGUGAGCUCCAUACUUCUGCCUGUUUCAUUGCUGCUCACAGAAACUGUCCCACAAUUAUAUCCAGUAUCAUUUAUAAAAUGGACUCUGUCAUAUCAAGACUAAACCCAAUAGUAACUACAACUACUCCUCCUCCUCCUCCUCGAACAGAGUGAAGAGAGAGAGAGAGGGAGGGACAGUGUGUACGUGUAUAUGUAUUAAUAAUACGAUAAUUUGUAUGUGGCAUACGUUUAGUAAUUUUUUGUUUUAUUUUUAUUUAAAAAGAGAGAAACUGUUUGUAGAGAUAGAGAGA